AUGCCACAGGUGCCGCAGAGAGUGGUGCAGCAGGUGUUACCAUCCACUGCGGAGCCAGAGCCAGUCCUGCCAGCAUAUUCCAGCCAAUCACUUUGGGGCUUCGUAGCGGAGAUUGACGGCCCAGAUGCAUUCGCCGGAGGAAUGGGCACCGGGGAAGACGAUGCUGCUAGUGGUGGGGCCUUUCAGGAAUCACUGUCAAUGACUGCAGGUCAGGGGCAGACUGCAGCAUCCCUUGACAUGCACGAUAUUGAGCAGCUCCUUAUGGGGGAUGAAUGUGCUGCUGACAUGUCGGGCUAUGUGAGUGCAGUGGGGCAUCUACUCUUUGAUGAUUCGUCAGCCAUGCAGCAGCUGAGAGCUGAUUGGCUGACUGAUUUCCAGAGGAGCAAUUACGCUGCCUUCACCCCUGACACUGGGGCUGUCCUGGUGCCUGGGCAAACGGCUGCAGCACAGCAAGCAGUCCUGUCAUCAGCUGAGCAUGCAACUGGAAUGCCAUCAUCAGGGGGACCCUCUCUGCCGGUGCAGCAGGGGGUGUGGCAGCUUGGAGCGACCAAAGGCAGGCAACCCAAUCAAGAUGGGUCUGCUGCUGGAGGAGGAGAGUACCACUGGGGACAGGGCUUUGUGCCAUGA